AAACAUGUAAGACCCCUGAUAAGCCUUUCUUUCGAUAAUUUAUUAUUAUUGUUUUCGAGUUUAACAAAAGCCCCCCCUCUGAAACUUAACCUUUGACCAUUUCCAACUGUCAACGUCAUCGUCGUUCUGUCAAUCGCCGUCCCUGAAUUAAUUCAAUUCCGAGCAAAAGCAAGUCAUUUCGUGAUAAACUCUCUAUAUUUUAGCUCCUGGGUGUUUUUCAUACACUUUGAAAGUCGUAAGUGGGUGUGUCGUGCGUGAAGCCAAAAAAAAAUGGGUAAAAUAAAAGCCGGUCCUGUUGUUGACAUCCUUGGGGAUGAAAUGACCCGAAUUAUUUGGGAUUCCAUCAAGGAGAAGUUGAUUUUGCCGUUUUUGGACAUUGAAUUGCACACUUACGAUUUAGGGAUUGAAAACAGGGAUAAAACAAGCGAUCAAGUCACAGUUGACUGUGCUGAAGCUAUUAAAAAGUACAAUGUUGGGAUUAAAUGUGCGACAAUUACUCCCGAUGAGAAGAGAGUUGAGGAAUUCAACUUGAAACAAAUGUGGAAGAGUCCUAAUGGAACAAUCAGGAAUAUUUUGGGGGGCACCGUGUUUCGCGAGGCUAUAAUUUGCAAAAACAUCCCACGAUUGGUCACGGGUUGGAACAAACCAAUCAUAAUCGGGCGUCACGCCCACGCUGACCAAUACAAAGCCACCGAUUUCGUCGUUCCAGGAGCCGGGAAACUCGAAAUGGUGUUUACACCAACGUCGGGACAACCCAUCAAAUACACUGUUCAUGACUACAAGGGGGCGGGUGUGGCUCUCGGGAUGUUCAAUACUGAUGAAUCCAUCAAGGAUUUUGCGCAUUCGUCCUUCAAAUUUGCUCUCAAUCAAGGAUAUCCGCUUUAUUUGAGCACCAAAAACACAAUUUUGAAGAAAUACGAUGGUCGUUUCAAGGAUAUCUUCCAGGAUAUCUACGACCGGGAAUACAAAAAACAGUUUGAAGCGAAAGGAAUCUGGUAUGAGCAUCGUUUGAUUGAUGAUAUGGUCGCAUAUUGUAUGAAAUCGGAAGGGGGCUUCGUGUGGGCUUGCAAGAAUUAUGAUGGGGAUGUCCAGUCGGAUUCAGUCGCUCAGGGGUAUGGCUCUUUGGGGCUCAUGACUUCUGUUCUGAUUUGCCCAGAUGGGAAAACUGUGGAAUCAGAGGCGGCUCAUGGGACUGUCACAAGACAUUAUAGAAUGUACCAGAAAGGACAAGAAACAUCAACUAAUCCCAUUGCGUCCAUUUUUGCGUGGACUCGAGGACUGUUACACAGGGCCAAGCUUGAUAAUAACAAAGAAUUGGAGAAGUUUGCCAAUACUUUGGAAAAAGUCUGCAUCGAUACGAUUGAAUCCGGUUUCAUGACUAAAGAUUUGGCCAUUUGUAUUAAAGGCAUGAAUGGGGUCAAAAGAAGCGAUUAUUUGGAAACGUUCGAAUUUAUGCAAAAACUUGCCGAUAAUUUGAAAAAGGCAAUGGGAUGUUGACUAAUUGCGGCAAGACUAUAAUCACUGUACUUUUUUAUAUUGUUUGGUACUGUUUUCUGGUGCUGGGUGUGUAUAUGUAAGCCUAAAGUUAAUAAAGAGUAAAAACAUUGAA